AGAGCUGUGGCGGCGGUCACCGGGACAGGAAGGCUAGCGUUCGUCGGAGGGUGCCACAUCUAGGGACCAAACGGCUGAAGACUUCAGCGCACUCGAAGAGAAAACUGUCGCCAUGGCGAUCUCCCGUGGCGAAUCGCCGCGGUCUCGAUGGCUGCUGAAACUGCUGAUAUCACUGGUGCUGAUCGGAGCCGUGCAGAGCCGUCCCAGCGGCCAGCCGGCCGUGUGCGGCCGGUCCUGCUGCUCCGUGCUACCCUCGUGUGUGGACGCCAAGAAAGUGACGUGCGAUUGCCCGCAUAUGGACGAGGUGAUUCUGAGUGUUAUUCCGAGUAGGAAUUGGAAUGACAUUUGUGUAUGAGAUCGCUGUUAAGUGUGUAGAUAUUUUUGUGUGGCUUCCUUUAGUCUUUCAGUCAUGCAACAUAAAUUUUUCACUCGCACAGCUUGAUGCCUUCAGGUAUAUAUGCUUUACAAUGUGAUUAUAGGUUCGAAAAUGCAAGUGAGGCAAUACUUGACCCCACCUAACCAAAGGCACACAAGUAUAAUUGAUAAGUCAAACGUUUGACGAGACAAAAUAUUGACUGCUGAACGCUUUACCUAUUCUGCAGAUGGUUCUUCGGAGGGGAGAUAUUCCUUCCACCGCUCACUCGGUGACCACACGCAACACGCGACACGUCAUCCUCGAGGAGGACGCCAUCGGGGACCUGCCGUCCCUUGUCAACCUCACCAUCAGCGAUGUGGGCCAGCUGGAGAUCAGGCGGGACGGCAUGGCCUCCCACAACCAGACCAGACUGCGCUCCGUGCUGUUCCAGAAUAUUCAGUUACUCCAUGCCGAGAGUCACUCCUUUACCGGCAUCUGGCAGACGGAGACAGCCGUCCGAAUGCAGCUCAUCAAAGAACUCCAUGUCAUGUCUAACGCCUUCAGCUAUCAGGCCAUUGAAACAGGUCCCAGUGUGUCUCUGCAAAAUGUCCACCGGCUUAACCUUCAGUCAAACGGUUUUUCGGCUACGAUGUUUGGCAUGUAUCUCACGAACGUCAACAUGAGCGAGUGUCAGAAGGAAAGUUUCGGUGGAAACACCUACGUCACUGAAUGGAAUAAUGUAGCAAUCACCGAUAUGCAUGCUAAGUGCUUCCACAGCUUGAAACACGUCGGAUCCCUAAAUCUGAAUUCUGUCCAAAUUGCAACCAUCCGUCGUGGGGCGUUCUCGGGAGAUAUCCGUUCCCUGUAUGUUCAGAACAGCCAUUUCGGAACUGUUGAGAAAAGUGGUAUCAACAUGAGGGUCUCGAACAUGGACGUAUACAAGUCAACUAUCGAUGAGCUGAAGUCGGAGGGCAUCAACAUGUUCGCAAAGGAGUGGUUCAAGAUGAAGACCAUCAGAAUUAACCAUCUAAGAAAGAACGCUUUUCUCGGAGUAAAAAUGGGUAAGGAUAACGUUGGUAUCUCACGCAUCUUGAAACUACACAGGAUUGAGAUAAUUGAAGCCGAAAACGGGUCCCUGACAUUCUCCGACUGCAACGAAGUGGACCUGAGGGACCUCGACCUGACUGCUCCGCUGCCUCCAAUCUGCCCCACGGACCGAUGGACGCGGUCUCUGUCAGCCGGUGGGGCGGGAGGUCGGCUGAGCAAGGCGCAGUAUCAGCUUUUCUUCCAACUGCUGGACCGACGCUGGUGUUCCGAGGACGGCUGGACUGAGUUCCCGGACUCGGCGGAAAGACCCAGCUGCCAGGAGGAGAACGAGUGGACUCCGGACUCGCUCGAAGAAGACCUAGACGACGACACGGCUGCUGGCCAGACCAGUCAGGACACUUUCAGCGAAGAUUACAGCGAGGAGGAGAACUAUGCUGCUGUUGUAGAUCAUAGUGCUGGUGAGUCUGCCGAGGAUGAAAAUGAAGACGAAGCUUUCUGGGGCCGCGGAUAUCAACAGAGCAUUUCGGAGAAGUCAAAACUGCCAGCGAACGCCGGCAGUUCUGACGUUGCUGAUAGUGCGAGUAGUGCAGGAAGUGCAGGUAGUGCAAGUAGUGCAAGUAGUGCAGGUAGUCCAAGUAGUGCAGCAGGAAAUCAUUUUGACACAAUGCCAAACCCCAGCAACAAGUUCCUGUUCACCACUGCAUCAUCAGGUGUAAAGGCGACUGUGGCUGCGGCUGGUGACAGAGGAACUGACCACUCUUUGGAAGAGCCCGGCCCUACAGCUGGCGGCGAAACUGUGGAAGGGUCCCUAAAUAAACUCCAUGAUGGCGGGCAGUCUGAAAACGUCCGAGAGGAAAACCAGGGAGCUGUGCCCGAUUCUGCUUCCUCUGACGGUACUGAGCAUUCUUCCGUGGACGGUGAACUGGAAGACGGACAUCGUAUGAUGCUCUACGUCACGCUGGGAGCUUUCCUGAUGCUAGGGAUCGUUCUUACUGUGGCGUUGGCCGCCAUCAUUAUCCGCAAAAAGCCCAAGCGCGGUCAGCAGUAUUUGGCCAACAUUCAUCAGGAAGAGGCUCCGUUGAGGGUUCCCAACCUUGGCAAGGCUGACACUAAGAAACUGAAUGUUGCUGAUGUACGCGGUUCGACUGAAUCAGUCUCCAGUCAGCUUUCUCAGCCUCAUAUAUAUGAGGAGAUUGACGACAAGGCACCGGCACGCGUCCAUCACGUCUAUCAAUGGUCUUCCGAGUAUUCGAGGAUGUGCCCUCAGACGCCGGCAGAUUUUCCCCCAGCGCCUCGGUAUCAGAACCUGAAACCUCUCCCCCAAUCGUACCGCUACAUUGGCUCGAAUUUUUAAACAGUGGUUGUGAGCAUUGGGUCCUGACUUCUAGGAAAAAAUGGAACCCAGUUAAACCCGGUGGCUGUACUAGUGACAAUAUUGGAGACGGUGAAUCUCAUGUUAAGUACGCUUAUUUUCAAUUUUGUGCAUUUGCUGUUCAUCCUGUUUUUAAUAUUUUCACACGUAUGUAUAUCAGACAUGUGCAUGGAUCUGAGUAUAUGGAUCUGAACUCCAAUAAUGUAGAUUCUAACCUGGUAUCCCAUUGGAUCAUUGAACCAGGUGUUUCUUGACGUUUGAGAAAUCGUUGAAAAUGAUACUUGUAGAUCAAACCAUUAUAAGUAACAUUAAAUCCAAUAGUAAUCCAAUAGUAUAAGUAACAUUAAAUCCAAUAGUAAUAAAUCCAUAUAGUAAGAUAUUGAACCAGAACACAAGUUUCUUGAUUCAAACGUAUUUAUGGUGUGGCUAGUUGAGCUGGUCUUUGUAAACUGAGAUAUGCAGUAGAUAAAUGCUCAUUACCACUGUUUUCCCGUUAUUAGAUGACAUGCUUUCAAAAUUGUAUGAUUUUGUUAUGUUUCCACGCGCACUUCUAUAUAUUGUUGUAUUUAUCCCCGUAGUAGACCUUAUUUGAGAGUACUCUAUUCGGCAUUGAAAACUUAACGCUUCAUCAGGCCAUGCUCCGUUUGACAAUUUUUAUGCACGUACGCAUCCAUUGCAUGUCCCGUUACAUGAAGAACAAUCGCGUUGGUUCGCUGUGAAACUGCCAGCCGCCCGCUGAAGGGCUUUUACAGUUUGUAGAAGUGAGUUUGCUUCUUGUUCUUUAGAAGCCGACAUGGAAAGCUUAUUGAUCUUGCAGUGAGUUAAAAAAGACAGUUCUUCAAGUAGCGAGGCACAUGAAGAACAAUGCAUGACUUGCUGCGUGAAGAACGUUUACAUUUAUUCGCCUUGAAAUUGCCCAUCAGUCUUUUGAGGGCUAAAGUGGCCCGCAAGACCUUGCUCAGGUCUUGUGGGCCCCGUAGAAGUCCUCGGGAGGAUGGUUAGCAGUUUCAUAGCGGUCCCAUUGUCGUCGCGAAAUCUAUUAAGAUCACAGACUCUAUACUCAGAUCCAUGCACGUGGCUGAUUUGUACGUUGUUUAAUUUUACUUAUUAAUGGUUUGUGAUUAGUUAUCUUAACGCAAAAUAAAUACGAGUGAAAUUUACCCCAAGUGCUUAGUUUUAACUCUUAACUGGAUCCUAACGGACAAGUUACAUGAGUGAAUAAUACAUAUCACGGCACAUUUCUCAACAGCUGGUUGACGCAAUAAAACUGCUCUGUUACAAUUUGUUCAAUUCCAGCUCAAAUAACUAACUUAAUACCUAAGCAAUUUAUCAGUAAACAAAUACAUUAGAGGAAAUGUAUAUGAUUUCGGGAAGAUGUAAAUACUAAUUUAAUAAUAAAUUCUAUAGAUUCACCGUUCUCGAUGUUGUCACCAAAAGCCACCGGUUCUGCUGUAGCACAGGUCAAAUAAACUUUGUCCGCAAUUAACUCAAAAUACUAGUGAUAAAAUCACCAAUUCGAGCAUAUUCGAGUACGACUCUUCAGUCUUCAUCAACCGAUAGCCAACCAUGGACGCAUGCUGGUUAUCGGCUGCUCAUCCGAUUGUCCGACUGUCAAUAUCGUUUCUUUAAGAGAUAAUUAUAGCGACAUAACUAAUGGCAAAAUUAUAUUUGUGACGCGUCAAUACGCCUCUACAUUUACAGUAUCACUAUAGAUUACCAAGAAUGCCUUAAAACGUUAAAAGCAACAAUCACUCGUAAGGAAAAAACAAGUAUUUAGUCAGACCUUAUGAGCUGUUACCAGGCCAAAGCCUGUGACUGCAUUGCUCGGUUUGACUUGUGCAAAGUUCCUCAAAUUCGAAAUUUUAAGUGGACCCAUUGCUUACCACUGCUGUUUUAAAAUUCAUGACACGGUUGGAGCCAAAGCAGAAAUGCCUCCAAUGAUCAACAGCCUGGCAUCAAAAGUGAGUGCUAGGAAAACAAUUAAAAAAAAACUAUGUACAAAUAGAAGAGAAAUGUGUUGUGGGUCGCAAUGCUGUAGAUUUAAUGGUCUAUCGUGCAGGAGAUUAGGAAAAGAAUUAUUAAAAAAAAGGACUUAUGACUUUAAUUCUACGAAGUUCUACAGUUUUUCAUAUAAGUCUACAGUAGAGCACUUCACGGAUAGGCUUUUUAGGAUCCGGCCCGGCCCAUAUCCGGCAAGUCAUAUCCAGAUCCGCCCAUUAUCCGCCUUUCUUUGAAUAUCAGAAUCCGGCCCACCCAUGGCCCGUAUUGCAGCCAAACUUCCAAAAAAUAUCCGUAAUAAUCCGUUUCACCAAUAACUGGUUUCACCCAAAACUGGACUAACAAAUUCAAUCUAAGGGACCAGACAGCCAUACAUAUCAUAGACCAUCAUGGUUCCAAAAACCAUGCAUACAUUGCUUACAUUAUCCACUUGAAGACAAGUCUUGUGACAAGUGAGUGUCAUAAAAUGAUGCCUAUUACUUUAAUCAAACCCCUGCUGCCGCUUAACACAUUAGGUUAAUUUUUAACUUCAAUGUUGAAUGUUAAAAUUUUGAUCCGUUUUGAUCCGGGUUCAACCUUCAAUUCCCAAAUCCGGCCCGCCCAUAUCCGUUCUUUUUUAACAAAUUUAGAAUCCAAUCCUAUCCGGUCCGCGGAUUUAUCCGUGGAUAACGGAUUUAUCCGGCCCAUGAAGUGCUCUAGUCUACAGUGACAGUGUAAUUCUACAGUGCUUCAUAUGCUUAAUAUGUUAAAAGGUGAACGACUAGUUCCGGUGCAAGCGUUGUGACAAGGCUGGUGCAUGUUUCAUUGAUUGGUUGUGAAACUGCCCACCGCACUUGUGUGGUCUUUAAUGGCUGCUAUGCUUCUGGGAACCGCGGAAGUCUCAUUAGUGUGCUGAGCAGCUUAACAGCGAUUCCAUUGGGGCUAUUGAUGUGCAGAGAGAUAGGCUGUCGAGUAUCGAGCGAGGUUUACCAAGCGAGGGUAUAUGAUCAUGCUGCAUUGGCAGUGUUUUGCUUCACUAUUUUCGAAUGAGGGUUGCUUGUAAUCGGCUGGCAUUGCGUAUUGCUUUCAUUAUUCGCUGCCUAUUAUAGGAUGCUGGAAACUCCGAGAAGUAUCUGUACAAACAUGUGUUUUAAUAAAAAAAAACAUCAUCAUCA